AUGCUCCUUUUGGGCAGCCUUGUCACCAGCACACUGGCAUUUGCUCCUCCCACCUCCAAGGCUGCAAGUAUCACUACUACUAGUUCUACGGCACGCCCCAUGAUUGGUGGUCUUUUGGACGGUAUCUUUGGCCAAAAGGACGCGGAAAUCACCGACACGGUUUAUUUUGAUAUCGACAUUGGAGGCCAACCGGCCGGACGCAUCGAAAUCGGAUUGUACGGGAGUACCGUCCCCAAGACGACCGAGAACUUUAAACAACUCUGUACCGGCUCCAAAGGAUUCGGAUACAAAGGAAGUGGAUUUCAUCGUGUCAUUCCGGGAUUCAUGUGUCAGGGAGGAGAUUUCACCAAUGGAAAUGGAACCGGCGGCAAGUCAAUCUACGGAAGAACCUUUGAAGACGAGAACUUUGAUAUUUCCCAUGGUGGAGCCGGAACCCUCUCUAUGGCCAAUGCUGGCCCCAACACGAAUGGCAGUCAAUUCUUUAUUUGCACCGGUCAAACUCCCUGGUUGAACGGCAAACAUUGUGUCUUUGGCAAGGUCACCAAGGGUCUGGAUGUCGUCAAAAAGAUUGAAGCCAACGGAACUGAAAUGGGAAAACCACUCAAUGUGAUUACCAUUUCCGAUAGUGGGGAGUUGUAA